AUGAGAGAUGAGGAUGAACCUCGCGAAGCCGUCUUGUCGUCCGUCUUUGUAGCUGCAGCAAAGGCACUCGAGAUUACGGGUGCACUGCCGCUUACGGCGACGGGGAUAACGGAGGGGGCGGCACGAGAGUCAAGAGACCAACAUUUCUUUGCGUACGAGGCUAUGUUGAUGCUGGGUGGUGACGGCGGGCAGAAAACGCGGAUCGGCUGCGAAACGCAAAUUUGUCUACGAGUUGAGCCGCAUCUGCUGGCGGGUGGUGACGGUGAUAGGGAGGGAUGUGAUGUCAACAGCCCAAGGACCCGGAUCCGGACAUGGGCGUGUGGUGCGAUGGGCAAUACGGACGAGCAGCUCGAAGAGGCCGCAGGCAGUAACGCAGGCGACGGCGGGUAG